AUGAAAAAUCACAUCCAAUAACCUUUCAUAAAAAUAUGGAAAGAAGUAGAGGCUCAUCAUUCAACCAACGUGAAGAUGAGUUGUUAUGUCGUGUCUAUCUAGAAAUAUCCCAAGAUCCUAUUGGCAGCAAUAACCAAUCUCUAGGAAAAUUAUGGGAAAAAAUAGAAAAUAGUUACAAUGAAAAAAAAAGAUGAGUGUUGGGAAAUUAGAAGCAGUAGAUCUUUACAAGGUAGGAUGACUACCAUUCUUUAUGAUGUUCGAAAUUUGAAGAGCUGCAUUAUCCAAGUAUAGAAUUUGCAUCCAAGUGGGGCAUCUGAAUUUGACAUUAUGGAAAAAGCUAAAAAAAAUUUGGUACAAGAUCCAAAACUAAAAAAAGGUUUCAAGUUUGAUCAUGUUUGGCUUUUGAUGAAAGAUAUUCCAAAAUUUACCGAUAAUGUCAAUAUUGGUAUUCAAGACACUCCUAAUACUGAGAUCAAUAUCAGCGGCUCUCCUACAUCACAAUCGCCAGGAGUGUCUUCAUUUUCAAUCAAUUUAAGUAGUGAUGAUGGAGGAUCGAAUUCAUCACAACGUCCGAUUGGAUCAAAAAAAGCAAAACUCAAGAGGAAGCUUGCUGAAGGUAAUAGUUCAUCCGUUGACAAUUUGGUUUCAUCAAAUGAAAAACUACUUGAUUUCUUAAAAAAAAGUACAUCAAGUAGGGAUAAAGGUUUUGAAAUGGCUCAAUUACGUGUGCAAAACCAAGCAAAAAAAUUAGCACUUAAAGAAAUGCAAGAAGAAAAUAAGAUAUUGUUAACAAAUCUAGAUUCUAUUGCUAAUUCUACUACUCGUGAGUUCAUUCGAUCUGAACAAGAAAGAAUCAUCAAGAAAAGAACUCAAGAGCAACAACAACCUUCAGUUGCACCAGAGAUUUAUGGAAAAUAUUUUGGUGAUAUUGGAGGUCCAGGAUCAAAUUUACCUGAAUAUUAAUGUUGUUGUGAUGUUUACUUAUGUAAUAUUUUAUUUUGUGAAAUAUUUUAUUUUGUGUAAUAUUCUAUUUUCAGUUUCUUGUAUUUUGUAUUUGUUUGCUCUAAUAUUAUCUUUGUAUAAUA